AUGGCAGCAUUGGCUGAAGGUGAGCUUCAGAGUGGUACCGGUUUAAAUCAAGAAGUUGGUAUUAAACGACCGUCUGAUACUCGAUGGGGUUCUCAUUUUGCAUCCUUAUUAAAUAUCCAAACCAUAUAUGCUUCCAUUUGUGAUGUACUAGAAGACAUUAGUGAAUUUGAUAGUGAUCGUGAUCGUAGAGCUGAAGUAAUUUGCAUCUUAAAGUGGUUAAAAUCAUUUGAUUUUGUGUUUUGUCUACAUUUUAUGGUCGAUAUCUUGGGAGUGACGGGUCAUUUGAAUACAAUACUACAAAGAAAAGACCAAGAUAUCAUAAAUGCUAUGAAUCAAUUAAGUAGAUCAAAAAAAGCAAUUCAAGAAAGUAGAGAUAUAGGAUGGGACCCACUUUUAGAGAAAGUUACUUUGUUUUGUGCUAAAAACAAAGUUAAAGUCGUGGAUUUGGAAGAUGAAUAUUUUAAUGGAUACAGUCAUUGCAAAGGUUCAUAG